AGGACAGAAAGGGGAAGAGAAAGGAGGCAGGAAAGCAGGACGGGGAGACAAAAAGCGACAGAUAGCCAGGAAUAUAUUUAAUGCUAACUUUCGAGCAAUUAAAAGCGCCGUGGGGAUGGCGUAUCAUAUCUUUAGAGGUUUGAAACACCAUUUCUAGUCAUAGUUUUUGGAUUACUUUCGUUAUUGGCGACUUUUGCACCGUUUUAAACAUUGACGUGUGCAUUUUCCUUGUGCUCGCUGCUUGGACGGAGUUUUUGUUUUCCCUCUGGUGGAUUUGCCUUGAGAGAAAUGAGUGACAGAAGGCGAUCUGCUGCUGCUCUGAGCUCAAGAGCGCACGCCUUUUCGGUGGAAGCCCUGAUCGGGUCAAACAAGAAGAGAAAGCUCCGGGGCUGGGAGGAAAGGGAUCUGGAGUUGUCUAUGGAGAGCCUCGCCAACAACGGACAAUUAGGAGACGGCGACGACCCUGUGCAUUGUCUGGAUAUCGACCCCGAUUCGGAGGCGAGCCCAGGUUCAGAUGGCGAGGGACUGGCGGAGAGGACGUCGUGCUCCUUCGGCUCCCCUGAGGACCUAGCCCCGGCGGCCUGCGAGCUGUCUCCCGCUGCCUCCAUGGAGGAGAUUCAGGUGGAGCUGCAGUGCGCGGACCUCUGGAAGCGCUUCCAUGAAAUUGGCACGGAGAUGAUCAUCACUAAAGCCGGGAGGCGGAUGUUCCCUGCAAUGAGAGUAAAAAUUGUGGGUAUGGACCCCCAUCAGCAGUAUUACAUAGCCAUGGACAUUGUUCCUGUGGACAAUAAGAGAUACAGGUAUGUGUACCACAGCUCCAAGUGGAUGGUGGCGGGGAACGCGGACUCCCCAGUGCCCCCGCGGGUCUACAUCCACCCAGACUCCCUGGCCUCUGGAGACACCUGGAUGAGGCAGGUGGUCAGCUUCGACAAACUCAAACUCACCAACAAUGAGCUGGACGAUCAGGGCCAUGUGAGUGAGCCGAUUAUCCUCCACUCCAUGCAUAAGUACCAGCCUCGUGUCCAUGUGAUCAGGAAGGACUUCAGCAGUGACCUGUCCCCCACAAAGCCUGUUCCCAGCGGAGAGGGAGCGAAGACCUUUAGCUUCCCUGAGACUGUCUUCACCACCGUCACCGCCUACCAGAACCAACAGAUAACUAGACUAAAGAUUGAUCGCAACCCAUUUGCUAAAGGAUUUCGGGAUUCAGGUAGAAACAGGACUGGUCUAGAGGCGAUCAUGGAGACCUAUGCGUUCUGGAGACCGCCUGUGAGGACACUCACGUUUGAGGACUUCACCAACAUGCAGAAACAGCAAGGAGGAAGUACGGGCACCUCUCCCACCACCUCCAGCACAGGAGCCCCCUCCCCUUCUGGCACGGCCCACCUCCUGUCCCCCUCCUGCUCCCCGCCCACCUUCCACCUGGCCCCCAACACCUUCAACGUGGGCUGCAGGGAGAGCCAGCUGUGCAGCAUGGGCCUGUCUGAGUAUCCGGCCUGCGCACGCAGCAACAUGGCGGCCUUGCAGGGCUACGGGGGACUGUCCGACAGCUCCUAUGGACGCCUCCAAGCAGCAGGAGGCGCUGUGGCCUCCACCCAGCAGUCUGAAUCCUUCCUGCCCCAGAGGACAUCCUCCCUGAUCGCUGCAGGCAUGCAAGGGGGUGGCCAUGGCCCUCUGUCUGGAAGCAGCGGUGGCGGGAAGAUGGAUGCCUACGGAGGUCAGCUGACCUCAUUUCCGGCCUCCCAGCUGCAGUAUGUGAUGCAGGGUGGAGCUAGCUCUGCCUCUGGCUCCUCCUCCUCCUCAGGCUCCUCCCCCUCUUCUGCCCACAUGUUCAGCGGGGGCCACCACCACGUGCAGCAGGGAUCCUACAACGCCUUCUCACUCCACAACCCCUACAACCUGUAUGGAUACAACUUCCCCACUUCCCCUCGCCUGGCUUCCAGCCCUGAGAAGACCCAGGGCGGCCUCUUGUGCUCCUCCUCCUCUGCCGGGGUGUUUGCUGAGCGCCAGUACCUGUCCAACGGUGGCAUGGACAGCAUGCACAUGAUCGGCAAUCCCUCCGCUGGCCAGCAGGGGGCUGGCUCCUGUGAUGGCCGUCAGUAUGGCUCCUCCUCUCAGAUGUCAAUGCACAUGGUGUAAAAACUGAGAUCCCACUUCUGACACCAAUUUUCACUGUCCUGUUAUUUCAAGAAGUUCUGUCUCUUCUACUAAGAUAUGCUAUUGAUGAGUCAUUUUACAUUUAGCGUUGUUUGUAAUACUGAGGUACAAAGUGAAUCUUUCAAAAAACAGACUUUUCAUCUCAUAGUGUUUAUUUUUUUAUUUUUUUUAUUUCACCUCACAUGCUUUAAACAAGGAGGAGGAACUGUUAUUUAAUUACCACAAUAGUGUUAAAAAGGGGAAGUGGAACCAUAUACCGUGCUCUCAGUGCACAUGUGGCUGUUUAGAACACUAACCCCAACCAUGGGGACAUACAGGGGGAUAUGUGAAAGAGAGUAGACCACAUACUCUUACUGUCGAGGGAUUCUCAGGAGUGAACCCAUGAAUUUGUUAUGGUGCAAUAGUAAUGACAGUCUCUACAGUAACUCAGCCUUGUUGCUAUGGACUCUAUCCAGUCCCGGACAGGAUGUGACAGAGGCUCUGUGUGAUCCAGAAACUUCACCUCCACUUCCACUGCUCUAGUUUUAACAAGACAUUUAUGCAACAUUAUGCCAUAACGUUGUGGCAACAUUGGGAGAGAACUGAGAGGGUUGUGGAUAUUAACAGUGCCGGAUCAAUAUGAAGGACUUCAAUAUGAAGGUUUUCCCCUCUGGCCACUCAGCGGGGAUGAUGGGAGGAUAAUGGAUGAGGCACAGAGGGUGAAUAUAAUAUAAUACAGCACAUGCUGGAAGGAUGAAGUCAAAAACCUAAAGGUCAGGGUGAGGGAGGAACUAUGUGUGUCUGACAGUGGGGUCCAGUUGUUGGCCCUGCACCUCUCAGUGGACACGCUGGACGAGAAGCUCUGUUCAAGUGGACACUGAACAUAUAGUGAAAUACAGUGAAAUCACCACAAUCUUAUCAACUCCUUUCCUCACAGACUGGAAUGGCUUCACUAUUUUUGAGUGGAUUACCUUUUUAAAAGCAUAUAUAAGAUGGCGAAUGCAAGCAAAAACCAUAAGCUUUACAGUUGUUGUGUGAAAGGUUAUAAAGAUAGAAUAGGAAACAGAGUAAUUAUAGUAUGUUUUGGUGUGUUGUAGAUAAUUGUAUUUAAGUGCCAAGCAAUAAUACAAUUAUAUGGGCCAAUCUAUCAUGAAAACAAAUGUGAGAAAAAAUGGAAAUAGCAAAAUUAUUAUUUUGAAAGGCCUUUUAAAAAACUGUAAAUACAGGUGCCAAGCACACAAAAGUUCAAUAAACAUUUUAAUUCAUUUACAUGUUUUUGAUUCAUUUACAGCUGUCACUCUUUGUAAGAUGUGCAUAUAUUCAACAAAGUGGACCAUUAACAAAAACACAAGCAAUAGAGUAAAUGCAUCCCCUGACAUUUUCCCAUGCAAAUAGAACUUGAUUACUAUGAUAUUCUACCAUAUAUCUAUAUAUAUAUAUAUGGUAUACAGUGCCUUCAGAAAGUACCCCUUGACUUAUUCCACAUGCUGUUGUGUUACAGCCUGAAUUCAAAAUUGAUUAAAUAUAUAUUUUUCUCACCCAUCUACACAUAAUUCCCCUAUAAUGACAAAGCAAAAACACGUUUUUAUAAUUUGUAUUCCAAAUGAUUGAAAAUGAAAUACAGAAAUACAGUUUCUCAUUUAAAUAAGUAUUCAAACUCCUGAGUCAAUAUGUGUUUGAAUCACAUUUGACAGCAAUUACAGCUGUGAGUCUUUCUGGGUAAGUCUCUAAGAGCUUUGCACACCUGUACAAAAUUUGCACAUUAUUUUUUUUUUUUAUUCACCAAGCUCUGUCAAGUUGGUUGUUGACCAUUGCUAGGCAGACAUUUUUUAUUCUUGCCAUAGAUUUUCACGCCGAUUUAAGUAAAAACUGUAACUAGGUCACCCAGGAACAUUCAACAUAGUCUUGGUAAGCAACUCCAGUGUAUAUUUGGCCUUGUGUUCUAGGUUAUUUUCUUGCUGGAAGGUGAAUUUGAAAUCCCAGUGUCUGUUGGAAAGCAGACUGAAUCAGGUUUUCCUAUAGGAUUUUGCCUGUGUUUAGCUCUAUUCCGUUUCUUUUUAUCCCCAAAAUCUCCCUAGUCCUUGCCAAUGACAAGCAUACCCAUAACAUGAUGCAGCCACCACCAUGCUAAAAAAUAGAGUGGUACUCAGUGAUUUCUUGUGUUGGAUUUGCCACAUUUGGAGUUGUUGGAUUUGCCCCAACAUAAAAGACAUAAAGUUAAUUUAUUUUCCACAUUUUUGCGGUUUUACUUUGGUUCCUUAUUGCAAACAGGAUGCAUGUUUUGGAUUUUUUUUAAAUGCUGUACAGGCUUCCUUCUUUUCAUUCUGUCAUGUAAGUUAGUAGUGUGGAGUAACUACAAUGUUGUUGAUCCAUCCUCAGUUUCUCCUAUCACAGCUAUUAAACUCUGUAACUGUUUUAAAGUCACCAUUGGCCUAAUGGUGAAAUCCCUGAGUGGUUUCCUUCCUCUAAGGGCAACUGAGUUAGGAAUAAUGUCUUUAUCUUUGUAGUGACUGGGUGUAUUGACACAGUACACCAUCCAAAGUGUAAUUAAUAACUUCACUAUGCUCAAAGGGA